AUGUCGCUUUUUGAUUCAAACCGACUGUUAUGGGCGCUUUUCCUGGUAAGCCUCGGCUCAGCGUAUUUCACUGUCCCGACGCUUCUACAGAGAGUGAAAGAUGAGGCACGGGCACCCGAACCAGAUCCUCCACCUCCUCCCAAACGCCUUCAGAAAGACUCGGAAAACUCACUGAAAAUUGAGACUCUUCGGACCCUUGCAGAUGGCCACAGCUAUGAAUUGCGCACUUCUGCAAUCAAGAUAGUUGCGAGCCGGACGAUUCGAUCGAGCACCAAGAAUUUGCUGUUUCGAGAUCUCGCCAGCAGUGACUAUGUACGGCGCGACAAUGCCAUCAAUGCAAUGUGGAUGCUUCUCUACCAUCCAGCACUCAACGACACGAAAGUGACGGAUGAGUUGACCGAAUACAGACCAGUGGCUUCCGUGGUGGAGGCACUCAUCCAUGGGCUGGCUGCACACGAUCGGAGCUCGACAUGUCAAAGCGAGGAGGCAGGUAAAAUGCCCCCAUCUCCGCUCAAACCAAGACAUCGGCAAGCUCACGAGGCCUCACUACUCAUCAUCCUCAACCACAUGCUGAAGCAUCACGUCCUGCAAAGACUGGGUAGGUAUAAAACGAGUUCUGCGAUGGACCACGCGUUGCGUGCCGGCCUGGUCUCCCGCUGGCUUGCCAAAUAUCCUUUUCCAUGCUCACUGCCAGAGAACGCAAAGUACGGCUUCAGACGCUCUGACGUGGCGCGGCUGUGCGAGCGGUCCUCUUGGGGCAUGGAUGAUCCUCUCAUGGCAGAUAUCGUGAAGGAAGUCAUGAAGUAUCUUCCGGGACGCCGACAGAUGUUGGAUGCUGGCCUUAGAGGAGUCAAUAGUUACGUGGAGAAUGUUGGCAGCACCGAUGGUUGGGCUCCGAGGUGGCAUGCUUCCUACGACCACGAUUAUGUUGAUGAUGAUGACGAUGAUGAUGACGACCACGACCACGACGACCACGACGAAGAGGAGGACGACCACGACCACGACCACGACGAUCACGAUGUGGUAAUGACCGGUGGCGAAGACACAGCCGGGGUGCCUCUCGAGCGUGCUCAGACGGGGUGGGAGGAGCGUCUGCUACCGGUACUCAACAGUGUUCGCCCACGAUCAGUUGAACGCAGUCAAGAGGAAGAGCAUCUCAGACGCCGACACCGUGAGGCUAUCGUGGUGGCUGAUCCAGGGGCACCACUACGACGAGAGAAUAUCCUUCAGCGAGAAAAUAGCCAAUUUGGAUUACGACCUAUGAAUGGUGUCAGUGAAGUUGAGGGUGUCCUCAACAACCUUUUGAACCUGUCUGGCGCACAUGGUGGCGAGGUGGAGGAAGAUGGAGGCGAGAAUUCAGAUCUUCCUGGCCCCAAUGAAGCACGCAUCCCUACAAUGGGGUACCCUGCGAACCUUCAACAACCCAUAGCUGCGCCGCAAGCCUCUUCUGACGAGGAGCAGGAGGCGGAAGAUCACGAAGAAUCAACUCCUACGGAUCCUAGCACGUGGAACUAA